AUGAAUCGACUAAUUAAAGAAGGUGUAAAAAGUACUUCCUCAUUGUGUGAUCUUCAUAAGCAUAUUCAAAAUCUCUUGGAUAAUGAAGCUAAAUUUGGCAAAAUAAAAAAGGCACUUAAUAUUGCCUUAAACCUUGGGUGUGAAGAAGAAUUGAUUGACAUAAUUACUCAUUUCGUUGACCAAAAGAAAUCUAUACUUGAAAGCACUAAUGAUGAGAAUGUUCAUCUUGAUCAAUCUGAACAAAUAAUUGUUAUGGAUUCUUUUGUUACAAAACAUCGUAAAUGGCCACCAACAAGAAGAUUAAAAGGUUUUUCUGAAAGUCAAGGUUAUAAAGAACCAGCCCAUAAUAAUUAUGCAAUUAAUUCAUCAGAUUCUAAUUUAAGGAUACCUUUAUCAAAUGCUAGUUCAAAUAAUAGUAGCUAUAUUGUAAAAGAAAGUAAAUGA